GCUGGCGGCUGGCAGGGAGGAACGCAGCGCACCACGCCGCUCCGCUCCGCACCUCAGCGCGGGACAGCCGCGGCAUGGCCCGGACCCUCGCCCUGCUGGCGCUGUGCAUGGCGCUGGGGCGCCGCGGAGUCUUUGCCAGCCCAUCGGAGAAACUCGCACAUGUGGUCCAAUAUGAAAGGGUGACACCUCACAGAGUGCCUGCAGCUCCUGGGAAGCGAGACCUUUCUGCUCAACUCAACACGUAUCCGGACCACGUUCAUUACAGCAUCCGUGCAGAAGGAAGGGACUAUGUUCUCCGACUGGAAAAGAACAAGGGACUGAUUGGGGAGCACUACACUGAAACCUAUUACUCAGAAAAUGGCACCGAGGUCACUGAGAGGCCAGACACUCAGGAUCACUGCUUUUAUCAUGGGCAUGUUCACGGUCACAGUGAUUCAGCGGCAAGCAUCAGUACCUGCAGAGGACUCAGUGGAUUUUUCUGGGCCGAUCAGACAGUCUAUUUAAUUGAGCCGUUGGGAGGUGAUGAUAAGGGGGAGCACGCGGUGUACCGAGUGGAUCACCUGAGAAUGAAGCGUGGGACCUGCGGAGACGCCAAUGUCACUUUGGAAUACGACCAUGAACCAAAAGUUGCUGCCGCAAUGAAGCCCCAUCACUGGAAAUCGGCUCCAUUUCAGAAAGGGACCCGAUAUGUGGAGCUGGUCUUGGUCGUGGACAAUGCGGAGUACAAGAAAUCCAAAGACAUGCGGACGAUUCAGAAUCGCAUGAAGGAAAUUGUGAAUCACGUUGACAAGCUUUAUCAGACUCUCAAUAUCCGUGUGGCAUUGAUAGGCCUGGAAGUCUGGAGUUACAAAGACAGGAUCACUGUGAGUCCAAACCCAGACACCACACUGGACAAUUUUCUUCACUGGCGAGAGACUGAACUGUUACAGAAGAAGAAGCAUGACAAUGCCCAACUGAUCACAGGCAUAGACUUCCAAGGCACGACGGUGGGGCUGGCCAAGAAAUAUGCAAUGUGCACCAGGGACUCAGGAGGAGUAAAUCAGGACCACAGUUUGAAUCCUAUAGGAGCUGCCUCAACCGUGGCUCAUGAGAUGGGACACAACCUGGGAAUGUCUCAUGAUGAAGACGUUGGUGGAUGCAGCUGCUUGGCCCCAAAGACCGAUGGAGGAUGCGUUAUGGCAGCUAGUGUUGGCAUGAUUUACCCAAAGUACUUCAGCAGCUGCAGUGUAAGUGACCUGCAGUCGUUUCUAAGUGAUCCCCGGACUAGCUGCUUACUGAAUAUUCCCAAGGCUGAUGAGCUGUAUGGGGUGCCUGUCUGUGGAAACCAGUUUUUAGAGCGAGGGGAGCAGUGUGAUUGUGGGACGCCCAAGGAAUGCAGGGAUCCCUGCUGCAACGCCACCACCUGCCGACUAAGUGACGGAGCAGAAUGUGCUAUGGGAGAAUGCUGCCAACAGUGUAAGGUGAAGGCUGCUGGUGUGUUGUGUCGUGCCAGUAAGAACAGCUGUGAUCUGCCUGAGCAUUGCACUGGCCUCUCAGCGGAGUGCCCGGAGGAUGUCUUCCAAGAGAAUGGUGUGCCGUGCCAGUAUGGGAAUGGCUACUGUUACAACGGGGUGUGCCCCUCGCACAGCGAGCACUGCCGCACGCUCUGGGGCGCAGAGGCCCAGGUGGCCCCUGAUGUCUGCUUUGAGUACAAUGGCCUCCAGAGGGACUACCUGCAUUGCCUGACAGAGAACGGGAAAAGGCCCUGCAGCCCAAAAGACAUUAAGUGUGGCACGCUGCAUUGCCUGAGUGGGAACAGGAACCCCAUUGGAGGGGGUGGUGUCUACUCCCUGUCUCUUGGAAGGGUGACCUGCAAAGUAGCUGUCACUGACAAGGAAGAAAGUGACAUGGUGGCGAAUCUUGUGAUGGUGCCAACGGGCACCAAGUGUGGGGAGGAAAUGGUCUGCUAUGCUGGGCGCUGCCAGGACCUCCUGAUUUACGGUGCCAAAAACUGCUCUGCAAAGUGCAACAGUCAUGGGGUCUGCAAUCACAAGCGGGAAUGCCACUGUGAGCCCGGCUGGGCUGCGCCAUACUGCGAGCGGAAGCUCUCGGAGAUUGCAGCAGGUGGAAGCAGUGUGGUUGUGGCAGCCGUGCUGACAGUGGUGGUGCUGGUAGCCAUGCUGACCGUCGGAGGCUUUGUGUUCUACAAAGGCAAUGGGAAGAAAUACUUCCAGAAAGGGAGGAUUGUGACCAACACCACCAACGGGCUCUCCAACCCCAUGUUUCAAGAGGGCAGUAAUACCAGGAACAUGAGGCAUGAGCUGCAGAGUUGCGACAUCAGCAGCCCAAAUCUGAUCUCCACAACCUCAGACCUGAAGAGCCCCAGGACUGUGUACGUGCCCAUGACUCCCAGCAGGCCACCGCCCGAGCCUCCUGCGGUGGCCAGCAGCGUCUGUCUGAGCUCUCUAGCGUAUCCAGCCAAACCUGUGCAGGUUGGAGUUAAACCCAGUGUGGCACCUCCCCCACUGGUCUCUGCAAAGCCCAAACCAGCUGCUGGCGAGGUGAAGCCGAAGCCACCGACCCGGCCUCUCCCCGAGCUGAGAAGCAAACAGCGUAAGGCUGAUAAGCUGAAUGGCUGUAGCAUGGAGAGGACCAAAUUGUCAGCUCUGCCUAUCCCACCUGCCAAACCUGCUGCCCUGACGUGUCAAUCCAGCCAGCCCCAGCAGGCUGCUUCCUUGAAGGUGGCACUGAAGCCUCCAGCUUCACGGAGAUGACCCAGACUGUGGCGGCUGGGACAGCGAGGCGUGGCUGGCUCCAGCGUUUUGUCUAGAAUGAUUGAGCAUUUCUGCUUCUUGCUUAAUGGUACUCAACUCGCUUGGCAGAGUCUUCCUUCAAGGUGUUGAGUGUUUACAUGAAAUGCUUGACUCAGCUGUGCCUUAACACAGAUGCUGUGGCUGCACAAUAUAGCAGGGCUGGCCAGCAAUGGCUGCUUGGAGGCCGGGGGGGGGCGGCUCACACCAGCAGAUGUAGGGAAACGUUCUCAGGUUUUUACUAGUGAAAAUGCAAGGCCUUCCCAAAAGUACAAAGGAGGGACACACCUCUCAGAGUCCCCCUCUUCCCUCCCUGCAGGCAUGGGGGGGGAGAAGUGGGGGGCCAGUUCCUAUUUCCAUGCCAUGUAUGAUCUCUAGCAACGAGCCCAGCAGAUCAUUGUGUCAUGGCAAUGCACUGUCGAGACUACACAUCCUAGCAUGGAAUGCGUCAGCUAGAUCCAGGGGCCUAGCUCCAGUACUGCAGGCUGGCAGCUGUAAUCUCUGCCCACUGCACACCCCCCCCCCCCCUUCUCUCCUGGAAUCUUGUGGUGAACACGUAGCAAACAUGCCUCACCCCUGUAGGUGAUCCAAUUCAGCAGUCAGGCUGGGGUUGUGGAAGGCCAUUCUAGCAAUGAUCUCUUAGGUAAGAGAUGGAACCUUAGUGCGGUCAGAGACUGUUUUUACCCAGCCCCUAGUGCCUGAGCCCAGCCAAAUGGUUUUUCUGACAGCCACACAACCAGGAGCCUGGGCUGGCUGCCCAGCCCUCCACAGGGCCUCUCCUUACAGGCAGAACAACUGUGACAAGCUGCCAGCUCAAUUCCCUCAAUGUCUUAAGUGUCAGUUCCUACUAUCUGCAGCACAAACCCUGGUAUGACACUUUCCAGCCCCGUCCUUCCCCAGGAUGAACUGGGACUCCUGCCUGGAGUUGGCAUUUGGGGUCAGCAGUAGCCUCUCUCUCCCCAGCAGAGCUUUCUAAAGCUGCAGGCAGUGCAGUGCAUUGGUGUGACCAGCUCCUGCCAAUGCAGGAACCAGUGUUUUACAGUGCCCGGCGGGUAGCAGCUAGGAUCCCAGAAUUUCCUGCAGUAACUUGAUGCCACAGUAAUACAUGCUGCACUGAGCAAACAGCCCCACCCACCCAGAGCACAUCAUGGUCAGCUGGUGUUUUCAGUAGGCCUGAAGCUUGUUUUGGGUUAUUCUGUUGGCAGCCAGUGUAUUUUAUCAUUUAAAUUAUUGUCUGAGUUAUGGUCUGUCUGAAGGGCCAGUCUUAAAGGGUGUUUUUUUAAAAUCAUGUUAAUUUAAUACCUUUAAUGUGACCUUUUCACUCAGCGUGGUGGUAAAUCUGAUGCUGCUCAGUUUGAUGAGUUGAGUCAAAGGCAGUGGUAACAGUAAAAGUUGCAGGCCAGCUUGGUGCAGGGUGUUUCUAUAUGCUGGUUGGGGGAAGGGUUGAGCAGUGACUGCUAAGGUAGGUUGGACUCUCAUGAUCCCUUCCACACCUGCAUGUGUCUUUGGAGAGCUUGGGGCACAGAUCCAACCCCUAGUCUUUGUCUCCGUCAUGGUCUGAGGGCUUUAGUCUAAACUCACAUUGAUUGUACUUUAGAGCACUGCUGUCCUAGGGCCCAACCCUGACUUCACAGGCUGUCACUGAUUGCAUGGGGGCCAUAGGGCAGGAGAGGGUAUCAACACACAGCAUUGCCUGGUACUUUAGCAGUAGCAGCCAUACAGUGGCUCUCCCCUCCAUCAGUUACUGACAAAAGUUACAGAUAAAUCUGCUGCUCUGUGCCCCACCUGCAACUGGGCAGAUUCUUCACUUGUCCAGCAGCCCAGGGUAGGCCUGUGCUCACAGGAGGAAGGCUGCAUCUCUCUCUUCAAUACACAGGUAUUUAAGCUUCUAACUUCAUCUAGUUUCCAUGGAAGGCAGGGGAGUCUAAAUGUCUUUAGGGGCUCCAUUUUUCAGCAGUGAGAAAGCACUGCAGAUAGUGCCUCUCCGCACCCAGCCAUGGAUGUGGCCCUCUGCUGUCCUGAACUAAACAAAACAGGUUUGGUUUUUCAGCAGCUGUAGAAGGUAGGACUAAGAAUGGGAGUGAGCAGGAACUAGGGCUUCGUGUAAAUGAACUUGGACUGACCAGGAGGGAGAUUGAGGCUGCUCUCCUACUCCUUAGCCUUAACCCCUUUGCAGUCCCCCUGGCCUCCACCCUUCACUCAGAGACAGGAGAGGCUAAGCUCCCGGCAGCCUCCUUGCCUUAACACCAGUGACAAGGAGGGCCCCAUGCUGGCCACAGCCGCUCAGGAGCAGGGUUAUGUUACUCCAAUUUGAUGCAAGGCAGCCUGGGCUCUAUCCCCUUGCCCUGGUGCAUGUACAGAGCAGAUGGUCUUGGAGCUGUGGGAGGAUGGAUGCAUGUGUAACAGCUGUGACUGCAUGGCAGGUAACGAUUCUCCACAUGGCCCUCACUGCUCCACCCUCCUAGAGCCCGCCAGUGGGGAGUGCUAGGUCUGGAGCAGCCCUGAGCUUGGGGAAUCUUUCCCUCUGAGACCCUCACCCCCAACCAGAGGUCCCACAACAGCCUCUAGCUGCAGCAGGAGAGCAGGGGCUGAAGGUAGGUGUUGGGCUAUACAGCUGCUGUGUGCUAUCAAAGACACUCAGGGAGUAUUCCAAUAGGGAAACCUAGACAGGCUGGAAAAUGGGGGUGGCUGAUUUGUUCAUGCUUUUUGUGCUGAGCUGGGUCUUCCCCUGAGUUUGCAGAGGGUGAGACCACAGCUGCCUGCUUUCACAUGACUCUGAACUCUGGUGGAAAUGCUGGGUGGGAGACAUGGUAAGAGGCAGCCUAGUCCCAGUACAGGCAGGAGGAUGAGGGCAAGGCAGCCACUCAAUACAUGGUAU